AUGGCAGGCCAUGCUACAGUCCGACGCCUAAAGAAAUUGUUACAGCUUCACUCUAUCUCGUUCUUAGUUCUCUUGGAGCCGAUGGUGGAUCUCCAACAACUCGAAGCAAUUAAAAACCGUUUCGGGUUUCAUCUUACUGUGAGCAACAUCACCAAUAAAAUCUGGGUCAUGUGGAAAGUCGAUUUUGCUGCUCACGUCUUACUCAAUGAAAACCAACUUAUUCACUUAGCAGUUACCCACUCUUCGUGGAUGGGGGAGGUGUUUUGCACCUUUGUUUAUGCUAGCUGCUCCCAGGUGGGCAAGCGACAGCAUUGGUCCAGCCUGCUUUCCCUCUCGAAAUCGUGGCUGGUUGGAGGAGAUUUUAACACAAUUACGGACUUAGGAGAAUACCUGGGAUGUGCGCAGCAGAAUUUGGCAGCAGUGAACGAGUUCGCCAAAUGUGUCUCUAGCUGUGGGUUGAAGACGAAGGCGCCACUAGAAACUGAAGCGCUUGAGGAAGGAACUCGGCAUAUGGAACAAGAAUGUGUUUGGGAACAUUUUUUCCAAGACCUUAGCAGCGGAGGAAGCUAUGCACCAAAUAGAGAUAUGUCUGGAGGAGAGCGACACGGAGGAUGCGCGGACACAAUGGGAAAAAGUCGAGUUAAAUGGUUGCGCGAGGGAGACUUCAACACCAAGUUCUUUCAUUCCACGGCUCUGGAUAAGAGGGCAAAACUGGCCAUUCGUCAAAUUAAAAGUGUGCAAGGCAUCCUGUUAGUUGAGGAGAAUGCAAUAGGUGUUGAAGCCUGUAAUUUCUUCCGUGAUCUCUUGGCUGCACCAGCUGGAACGGAUGAGGCAGCAAUGCAAGUUCUGUUCGACAACAUCCCCACCUUACUACCCAACCCGGAUAAUGACUAUCUAGUUCGGGAGCUCAUUAAUGAUGAAGUGAAACAGGCGAUUUUCAGCUUGAUGGCCAAAGUGCAGCAGGGGCCGAUGGCUUCACUAGGACUUUCUUUAUGCAUUGUUGGGAUAUUAUUGGGGACGAUGUUUGUCAAGCAGCGAAGGAAUUCAUUCAUACCUUUGGUUAUCUCCCCGGAGAAGUCGGCCUUUGUCCGGGGCAGGGAGAUUUCUGACAAUAUCUUGAUAGCUCAGGACUUGGUUAAUGGAAUUGACAGGAGGGCCCGUGGCCAUAACAUUAUCUUUAAAUUAGACAUGAUGAAGGCUUUCGACCGAGUGUCCUGGGAUUACUUGUCUCGCCUACUCCUCCGUUUUGGAUUCAACCCUCGCUUUGUGGCCUUGGUGAUUAAUAAUUUACACUCCUCUUGGUUCUCAGUGCUCAUUAAUGGGAAACCGCAUGGGUUUUUCCUGGCCGACCAUGGCUUAAAGCAAGGGGAUCCCCUAUCCACUUUUUUGUUCAUUUUGGUCUCUGAAGCAUUAAGUCGGGGGCUACGCACCCUAUUCUCCUUAGGGAAGCUCCAGGCCUAUGCACAGCCGAGAGGCACUUUGCCAAUUUCCCACCUUGCCUUUGCAGAUGAUGUGGUCAUUUUCACCAGGGGAGAUCGCCGCAAAGAGGCGAUUGAUAACCAGACUAACGGGCUUUCAGCAGCAAUCACUACCAUUCAUGUACCUCGGUUUUCGUCUCUACAAGGGUCGGACCAAAAGGGAGUACAUCCAACCCUUGAUAAGCAAGAUGCAGCGGAAGCUAGCGAGUUGAAAAAACAGGAUGCUUUCGGCUGGGGGACGGCUAAUCUUGAUCAAACACGUUCUCUCUGCAAUUUCACUUUUGCGGUUCAGGAGCCUCCGAAGACUGUCCUCCACCAACUUAAGCAACUAGUGGCACGAUUUUUCUGGGGAGAGACUGAAGGGCGUGAGAAAUGUCACUGGAGGAACUGGAAUGCGCUUUGUCUCCCAACAGAGCACAAUAGCCUUGGGUUUAAUAAGCUUGAAGACGUGAUGCUGGCUUUUGGUUGCAAGCUAUGGUGGAAGCUGCGAAGUGGCGACACGCUCUGGACUCGUUAUACUCUCUCUAAAAACAUGGUUGAGCACGAGCAUGUGACAUUGGCACCAGUAUGUCUCUCGAGCUCGCGGAUCUGGAAAAGAUUGACCCGCGUCCGUGCCUUCAUGGAGGAUCACAUGCAAACGCUGCUUUAUGAUGGUAGUGCAUCAUUUUGA